GAUCCGAGUCGAAGAAAAGAAGAUACGCAGAAGAGGAUUUUAUAAAGUUCAUCCCUGCUUCCAUUUGUGUCUCCUCACAUGAAACCCGUGGAUAAAGGACGUGUAUGUUUGUCUUUUAUUGUCCCUUCUAGACUGAGAGGACUUACCCCAUCAGAGGCGAUGAGAUGUGAGUGAGCUAUGCCUUGUGGAAAUGGACAGACUUUAUCUAAGCGAAAACAUGGCGUCUGCGUCCCGAGGUUCAGCUUUUUUUCCAGUCUGUUUUUGGCGCUGUGCUGCCUGGAGGUCUGGGGCUCUGGGCCGCAGGGGGACGGCGGCACGAGCUGCAGCCCCUGUCCCGUUAACUGCAGCUGCGCGCUCGCGGGGCCCCUGCAGUCCUGCGUCGUCAACUGCUCCAACAUCGGGCUGGAGAGGGCCCCAGCAGCGGCCGACAUACCGCAGGCCACCAACGUGCUAGAUCUCUCCAAGAACCACAUCUCCUCCCUCGAUACCAGCCUGCUCGACCGCCUCACCGGCCUCAGAGAGCUUUAUCUUCAAGGGAACAGGAUCAAUAUUCUUCCCAGAGGCCUACUCUGCUGUGGACCGAUCUCAGUCCUCGAUUUGAGCCACAACCUCAUCACCACCAUCGAAGAGAGGACAUGUGACAACCUCUGCAAUUUGACUCAGCUUGACCUGAGCAGUAACCCCUUUGAGUGUGACUGUGAGCUGUUCCGGCUCGUCAGCUGGCUGCAGGAGAAAGGGGUGCGAGUCCGACGCCCGGAUGCCAUGCUUUGUAACCAACCUCCCGAGCUCCGCAACCAACCUCUGCUUAAUGUCAGCCUGCACACCUGUGGUCCCAACUACGCCGCCUGUCUCGAUGACAGCAGCAGUGGUGGAGGUGGGCGUAGCGAGCUCGUUAUCUUCUCCUCCUCUACGCCAGGAAACUUCACACGAGAACAAUGUAACAGCGUGUGCUUUGCUGCGUCUCACCGCUAUGGGGGCCUGGGGACAAAGCAUGAGUGUCUCUGCAGCAUCAACUCAGAGCCAAACUUCAUCAGCGAGUCCCAGUGCUCUGCUGCCUGUACAAACUCUGAUGUUAUGAAGAAAUGUGGUUGGACUCUGGCUGACGAUGUGUUUGCGGUGGACUUCUCGGUCUCGCUGAAAGCUCUCCUGCUGCAAAGUGUUCACGACUGCAUCAGUUUCUCUGCCGUCCCUUCUGUCACACCAGUGACGCUGUCCUGGGAUUUUGGUGACCUUUCAUCCCGGGUUAACACCACAGGGGCCGGGGUCACCUCCGCAACCCACAAAUAUGGACUUCCAGGACGUUACGCAGUCGGUUUGACGGCCUGGGCUGGACAUAAAGAGGUCUCAGCACGUGGAGAAGUGAGUGUGGCUCUUCCUCCCAAACUGGAGCUGCGCUGUCCAGUCCUUGCUGUUGCCAAUAAGAGUCUAGAGUUCACACUUGUCAGCUGGGGCGCUGUGGGCUUGGACGUCGACUGGAAGAUCACAAAGAAUGGUGUCAAAGUUGCCAAAGCCUCCCCUCUCUGUCCAAAGGAUGGGGUGUACCACGCCGAGUCCUCACGCUGUUUCCAGAUUGUCCCGGGAGAGCUGAGCUGGACCGACGCUCGACAGCAGUGUUCGGACCGUGCCGGAGAUCUGGCAAUCAUCAGGAGCGAUGUGCUUCGUAACCUGCUGGCACCCAAUGUCACACAGGAGCGAGGUGUGUGGCUGGGCUUGAGUGAUGUUGACGCUCCAGGCAAGCUGCGCUGGGUGAACGGCUCCGAUGCUGAGGAGGGAGAGGAGGGCCUGCCGCCUCGUUCCCCAAUCUCCCGUGGUAACGUGUGUGUGUCCCUCGAUCAGCGGGGUCAAGCCAGUUCACAUCCAUGUAACGCCAAGCGAGCCUACGUCUGCCAGUACAGGCCCCAAGUGCCGGUUCCAGAUGCAGGGACCUAUGUGUCGGGUCUGGCUGUGUUCCCCUCCCACAAUGCUUUGCGCCAUGUCCCAUCUGCUGGGCUCUCGACUCCGCAGCCUCCCAGCAGUGGCAUAGAGGUGCUGCUGUUCCCGGCUCUGAGCUUCAGGCGGGCAGGCCGUCUGUCCUCCCUGGAGUUUGUCACACAGGAACUAAGCUCACAAAUCCACGUCCGAUUUCAGAUCUACAGACCUCACUGUCACUGUCACCCUGGCCUUCACCUGCUGCUACCCAGUUGUGGCGGUCCAGCGUGUGCCCCAGUAGCUGUCUGUGUUCCCAAUAACACCAACAGUGGGGAUCCUCCAUCUUGCCCCCGACUGGAGCAGUGGUGUCCCUUCCAGCUGCGCUGCAUGGCCCUCUCAAGUCCCUGCCACCCGUCCUCCUGUCCAAACUGCACCCAGGCUCACCGUCUGUCCCCCGGAGUGCUGCGGCCCCGAUACACCCUGCAGAACGAGGUGGUGUUCACUCUGCCGGCAGGACCAGCUGCUCACAUACUGGUACAAGAGGACAUAGAGGACCUCCUUGUUUCUCCAGGUGAUGUCAUAGCCCUGCAGCACGAUGCCGGCCCCGCUUCCCUCCUGCAGUGCCAAACCUCCCCUACCUCUCUUUGGCGACAACCUGUCUUAGCCCUCAACCAACCGGAUUGGUUCUGGAUCAACACCACCAGACACCAUACAGACGCCUCAAUGGACCCCGACACCGACCCCGUGCCUGACCCCGAGCUCGAUGUACAGGCAAUGGUGGAGGACGGUGAGGGAGGCUGGCUGGAGGACGUUGUUUGUCCUGUGAGGGUUCUCUAUGUGGGACACAGUGAGACUCAGCUGAAGGGAGGACAGCUGUCUGCUGGUCUCCCUCAGCCAGGACUCUACAGCCUGCUGGUGACGUCAGCAGAACCCUCGUACCCUGCCUCAGCAUCGUGCCCACUGCGUGUUGUUCCUCCUCUGGGCUUGACAGUCCUCUACCCUCCCUCUCGAAACGGCACCUUCUACCUGCAGCCCAACGACACCCGGCUGCUUCUCCGAGUCCAGUCUCGCUACAUAACAACCGUCUCUCGGCUCGGCAGUAAUCACAGCGUCACCUUCGAGCCGGACUGUCCCACUGCGUUCCCCUUCACCUCAGCGCUCUGCUGGCCCGGCCCGAGCGCAGGGUCCGGGGUGGAAGUGUUAGAGCCCAGCCUGUUUGCAGUGCUGGAUCUGAACUUGGGAAAGGAGGAGCAGGGGGGUCCAGUGCAGGUAGAGUUGGAGGCACAUAACAACGUGACGGAGGCAAGCCUGACUGCAGUCGUCCAGGUGGAGGAGCCGCUCAGAGGACUAGUGGUGCAGCCUCACCCUGCACACAGGGUACUGAUGGAGUCAGUUGUGAGCUACACAGCCUCAGUGCUUGAAGGCUCCAGUCCCACCUUUAAAUGGACAGUAGAUGACAAGCCCUACUUCACCUAUUACAACACCGUCCUCAACGUCAUCUACCAGCAUGCAGCCAUCUACAAGCUCACAGUGACGGCCAUUAACCAUGUGAGCUCCCUCACAGAGCAUUUCAACGUGACCGUGGAUCGACUGCAGCCAAUGGCCAACCUCACAGUGAAGGGUGUGCCUGAUGUUGUUCCUCAGGGCUCCACGCAGACCCUCACCACCUCUGUGCUCCUGGACAUGUCUGUGGCUGCCACCUUCAGAUGGUCUUUUGGUGAUGGUGGUUAUAAGGAGUUUGAAUACAAGCCUCCCUACGCCCCCUCCCUCCUCUGCUCCGAGUCACCCAAUCAGGUCCUCCUAAGCAACAACGUCACCUAUAUCUACUCUCAGCCAGGAAUAUACACAGCGCUGGUGUCAGUGUCCAACCGUUAUGAGAACAUCAGUCAGAGCAUCAAUAUGAGCGUCUACAGCAUCCUCACUCGGGUCGAUAUCCAAACAGAGCCACCGCUCCUCCUCACCGGCAAAUCAGCUGAGUUCGAGGCUCACCCUCUGCCCUCGCCCUACGGCAUUCACUACGAUUGGCAUUUUGGAGACGGUUCUGCCCUGAUGCAAGGUCGCCGCGUGGCACACACCUACACACAGAGCGGCGUCUUUAAUGUCUGUGUGUCGGUAAACAACACCAUCAGUUCCAGGAUGGAAUGCGCAGAGAUGUUUGUGUAUGAGGAGAUUGAAAGUUUAACAGCUGAGAGCUCGUCUCCCACAGAGCUCCACAGCUCCACCACAGUGAGGGCACACCUCGCUUAUGGGAACAACAUCACAUGGACUUUCUCCAUGGGGGAUGGCAGUACUUACACAGCAUCCACACCUCAAGUGACACACGGCUACAUAAAAGAUGGAAACUAUACAGUGAAUGUGACUGCCAUGAACGCUGUGAGCUCUGGCUGGACGCUCCUCCCCGUGCAGGUGUUUGUGUUUCAAGUCGUGAGGAUGGAGCCGUCUGGGUGCGUCCAAGAGCGGACUCCUGUUAACUUCCAAGCGUGGGUGUCUGGUAAUGCAUCAGCUCAUCUGUACGAAUGGAGCUUUGGGGACGGGAGUCCCAAUGAGACACACCAGGGCAAUCCCAAAAUCUCCCACACGUACUCAACAAGCGGGAACUAUCACCUCUCUCUGCUGCUCUCCAGCGGGGUAAACAAGGACACCAAGGCCAACUUCUUCAACUGGGUGUGUGUGCAGCCAUCUUUAAGCAACGUCAGCCUUACCCUUGAGAAAACACACUACGCUGUUGGAGAGAAGAUCAGCUUCCAUGCUAAGUCUGAACCAGAAUUUGCCUACAGCUUUAAGUGGGACUUGGGUAGAGAGGAGGACCUUGUGCUGAACCGUGGUUCUGAGAAUAUGGUGACGACUUAUCAAAACCCUGGUAGUUACAUGGUCACGGUCAUUGUCUACAACAACAUUUCCAACAAUAAUGCCAGUGUUGUGUUUGACGUUUUGACGCCAUUAGGACCCAUUCUCAUUCAUCAUAACGGCACUAUGGGUAAUAACCUGACUCUUGGAGCCCCGUAUUAUUUUACCACCUCUUCCAAUGCGACCAAUGUCACUUACGUCUGGAACUUUGGAGACGGAAAGAUACUUACAGGCCAGAAUAUCCUCCACACCUACAACAUCUCUGGAAACUACAACAUCACACUGACGGCCUCCAACACUGUGAGCACAAAUCUCACAUCUCUACCUGUUGCUGUUGUUGCACCAAUCAUCGGGCUGACUGUCACUGCUAGUUUGAUCAAUGUGCCCCUUAAUGCCUCGGUCACUUUUGAGGCCCAGAAGGUGGCAGGUGAAGGGAUCCGGUACUCUUGGAUCCUAUGUGAUCGCUGCACAGCAAUUGCAGGGACCUACAACAUGUUUUACACCUUCCGCUCCGUCGGGACUUUCAACAUCAUUGUGACCGCUGAAAACGACGUCGGAACUGCACAAGCAAGCAUCUUCCUGUUUGUGCAACGUGAGCUGGAGGGCCUGCAGAUCUUAGCAGAGGAGGACACUGGAGGAGACAAAGGCAGGGGGCUGGAAGGUUGCUGCUUCUCUACCAACCGUGUACUCCACCUACAUGCUGGAUUAAAAGAAGGAACCAACAUGACUUUUACCUGGAACCUCAUCAGAGAGCUCAACACUGCCAAUUCCAUCUUCAACAUAAGCGGGAAGACGUUGGAGGUGAAUUUCUCCACGCCAGGCCCAUGUGAUAUCUUCCUCCAGGCAGCCAACCUCCUGGGUCAGCUGACCGUCAACAGAACCAUCUACUUCCUGGAACCAGUGGGGCAGCCAUACCUGGAAAUCAGCAACAAACAGAUUGCAGUAAAUGCUUCAACCAACCUGAAAGUAGUGACUGCUGAAGGCUCGGACCUGCAGUACCGCUGGUCUGUCAAUGGGGAUGUUCUGCAGUGGAACAAACCAUGGAAGACCCAUAGCUUCUUUAGUCAAGGGCAGAAGCUUAUAACUGUGGAGGUUUUCAAUGAAGUCAGCAGAAGGGUCGUGUCAGAAAUUCUCAGUGUCCAGGAAGUCAUUUCAGGGUUAAGUUUUACUGCUACAAAUGUCAACGAGCAGGGUUAUGUAGCAACAGGCGUCAACGUCACGCUCCAGGGGGAGGUUCUUACAGGAACAAAUGUGACGUGGACUUGGAGUUUGGAGGGCAGAUCCGAAACAGGAGUUAAAACUUCACUGAUUUUCCAUGAGCCAAAAGCAACCAUCAUUACUCUGAACGCCACCAAUGAUGUCAGCGGGCAAUUGGCGCCCAGAGAGUUCUUUGUUCAGGACAAGAUUACAGGGUUGGACCUGAGGGCGAGUAAGAACUUAGCAGCUGUGGGUGACAAAGUGGAGUUCACUAUUUCAAUGAAAGCAGGUUCAGAUGUCAGUCUCAUCCUCAGCAUCAGCGGUGAUGCCACCAUCAUGGCUCAACCCAACCAAAUCUACGUCCACACGUUCAGCAGAGUGGAUACGUACAUGGUGAAUCUCACCGCUCACAACCAGGUGAGUUCCACAAGGCGGCACCUCCAGGUGGAGGUGAUGGAGCCUGUGUCUGGACUCUCCAUUCUGGGAAGCUCUGCAGCGAUCCCUGUGGGGGAAAAGAGAUUCUUUGUGGCCAACAUCCUCACAGGCAAACCCGUUCACUUCCUGUGGACCUUUGAUCUGCAUCAACUCAGCAAGACGUCGUGUAUAGGCAAAGAGGUGUCCUACACGCCAAACUUGCCGGGUUUAUUGACCAUCUACCUGAGGGCCAUCAAUGCUCUGCAUGCUCAGAACAUCACCAAGUACAUCCUGGUGCAGAGCCCUCUGACGGCUGCAGAUCUGUACGCUACACCUCGGGACACAUUCAUCAAUAGGACUGUGACGUUCACAGCUUAUGUGACGCCCACCUCCAACUCUGUGGAGUGCUCAUGGGACUUCGGUGAUGGUUCUCCUUCAGUUCAUACCAACAACACAACUGUGGGUUACUACUACAAACACUCAGGACACUUCCCGGUCCAAGUGAACUGCAGUAACCUGGUGAGCUGGGUGUUGGCCCGUGUGGAGGUAGUCAUAAGUGUACUGGAGUGUGAGGAGCCAGAAGUGCAUGUGGUUCAAGCCCCCCGCCUUCUCAUCUGGCGCUACCAGUCCACUUUGGUGGAGGCCAAUGUGGACCUGAAAGGCUGCAUACGUUACGGAGCUCAGUACCUCUGGCAGAUUCUCUCAACACAAUCAUGUGAUGAUGAGAAAGACCAGCUUCUGCCCUCAGGGCCAUGGUCUCUGCCCUCCAGGUCUUUGAAGGAGCUGGUGGUUCGCCUGCCAGCAGAAGUGGAUGUGCAGCGCCUGCAGUUGUCUUUGCCUAAGAUGGCUCUACCAGCAGGGAACUACACCGUGGUGUUUUCUCUGUCGUACAGAGGUGUGCCGUUAAGGAAGGCUGCCUGUCUGCACCUUAGCGUCAUGGCUGCCAGGCUGAUGCCCAUUAUAGAAGGGGGCACCUACAGGGUGUGGUCCAGGACACAAGACCUGCAGCUCAGUGCUGAGCAGUCAUACGACCCCAACAUGGACCCAGAGAGCCAGUCACUUCUCCACUACCACUGGGAGUGCCACAGCACAUCCAAGGGUGCCGAGCACUGCUCCACUCUGAAUUUCGGCCUUGGCUCCAGCGGCCCAGUGUUGGGGAUCUCCGGCUCCGAGCUGGAGGAGGAUGUUGAGUACACUUUCAGGCUGACCAUCAGCAAAGAUGGUAUGCCACCAGAGUCAACCACGCAGACCGUGCUUGUUCAGAGCGGCCAUAUUCCCAUGGUGUAUCUGGAGUGUGUGUCAUGUAAAGCCCAGUCCAUCUAUGAGGUCAGCCAGAACUCCUACGUCUACCUCAGAGGGACCUGCACCAACUGCCAGGGCUUUCACCGAGGGCGCUGGAGUGCCAUGACGCUGCAGAAUGAGACCCUGGUCCUGGACUCCUCCUCCACCACCACGAGAAGUGACGGCAUGAACCUGGUGCUGCGGCAGGGCGUGCUGCAACACGAAGACUCCUACAUCUUCACCCUGCACGUGACUGACGGCAGUCUGGAUGGCGAGGGCGCUGCCUCCAUCACUCUGCACCGCAACAUGCCUCCGGCAGGUGGAGAGUGUCACCUGAGAGGGGGAGGGGAAGCGGGAACUGAGUAUGGGGAAGGAAAUGGGGAAGGUUUUACAGUGCGCACACUGUUAGACCGGGUUCACUUCAACUGCUCAGGUUACAGUGAUUUUGGGGUCUCAGAGACUCCUUUGCUCUACAGUCUUCUGGUGACGCGCUGCAGGGAAGACUACUGUGAGGACUUCUGUGUGUACAAGGGCAGCAGCCCGGAGCACUCUGCCUUCCUGCCCCCGGGCUUCAGCUCUUCACGAAACCGCAUAUCUGUCUCCAUCACAGUAGAGGACCACCAGGGUGCUGCUAUCAAAGCUCUCAACAAGACCAUUGAGGUUGUGCUUCCAGAUCCACCCCCUGAGUACAAAAGCCUUCCCCAUUGGUUGUCUGAGAUGACAGACAGCACAAUCAAAAAGCUGUUAGAACAGGGAGACUCCCAGAGGGUCCGAGAGUUGUCAUUAGCAUUCAUUACAGUCCUAAAUGAGUAUGAACAGACCAGGCCGACUGUGCGCGUGUCCAGAGACGAACGCAGUUACCGCGUCCGAGUCCGAAGCAACAUCACCAGAGCUCUGACCGCUCUGGACCUGACCACUGUGAAUGACAUCCAACAGACCUCCGCUGCUCUAGCUCAGUGCACGGCGGUGAGCCGUGAGUUCAUCUGUGAGGAGUGUCAAAACAGCACGCUGAGCAAGCUGGAGUCCAUGCUGGAGAUCCUGCAAACUGACACCAAGCAGGGCACGGUCACUCCGACUGAGAUCGCUGACAACAUCCUCAACAUCAUGGGUGAUCUGAUCCAUCAGGUCAGCCAGUCCGCCUCGCAGUCUUACAGCCAGCCCCCUUAUGUGGACUCCCCCUCGUCCCACUUCACCUCCUCUAUUUCUACUGUCAGCGAGGAUCAAGGAGGCCCCCUGUUAGACCCCUCCCCCUCCUCACUGGAGCCACACCCUCUGCGAGUGGCAGCCAAAGCCUACAGCCUGUCCUCGGUUCUUAUGUUGAUCCUCAUGCAUGCCCGUGUGCUCAAUGAGGAGCCGCUCGUGCUGAGGGGAGCAGAGAUCGCUGCCACAGGGAAACUGGCAGACCCGCAGAGCCUGCUCUGCUACAUUGGCAAUAACAGUCCAGAGUGCAAGCACUUCUCCGUCCCUCGAGCCUUCAACAGCAGUCUUGGCAAAGCUGCAGCAGGAAACAGCAUCAUGCAGCUCAUGUUCCAGGUGGAGUCCAACCCCUUCCCCUUUAACUAUGUGCCAAACUACACCGUCUCCACUGAGGUGGCCUCCAUGGAGUUCCGCACUGAAAACGGGACCCAGAUCCCCAUCUCUGGCCUGGACGACAGUCUCGCUAUCACUGUUGCUGUUAACAAUGGAACAUAUGGAGCAGAGGCAGGUCCUGAAGGUGCUGGUGCUGGAGGGGUCCCCACAGCUGGAGCAGUGAACAUCAGCCACUGCAGCUCCGUGAUCGUCAGGGUCAGCACAGGGAACACCAACCGGCAGGCGGGGCUGUUUGUGCAGCUCAACUUCACGUCUCUGCAGGAUGCCACAGAGAAUGAUAUAGAAAAAGAGGAGCAGUACAUCACAGCCUACCUUCAUGCACAUGAGAGACCUAAUGAGUUCAACUGCACAGAUAAAAAACGCAUCUCUCUCAGUAUGACCAGGGGCAAAGACCUGGACCACAGGAAAUACACCUUCUUCUUGUCCCCUGAGUCGUACGACACCACCCUGGACUACUUCAUCAACGUGAGCACAGCCUGCACCCCCGCCUCUCGCUCUGUGGGCGUUCACCUGGAGGUGGGGGUGUUUGCCUCGCUGUGUCAGUACUUCAGUGAAAGUGAGAAGCAGUGGCGGACAGACGGCAUGGUUCCCCUUGCAGAAACUAACGCCAGCAGAGCGGUUUGUCGCACCAGGCACCUCACCGCCUUUGCCGCUGGCCUGUUUGUCCCGGCCAACGCCGUCAGCUUUAAAGUGCCGGAACGCUCUGGUGCACCAAGCCUGGUCGUCCUGUUGGUGUGCGUGUUGGGCUUACUGAGUUAUGUGGUAGCAGCAGCCAUCUUGCAUAAGCUGGACCAGCUGGAUCUGCGGCGGGCUGCUGUGGUUCCUCUCUGUGGGGGAGAUGGACUCUUUAAAUAUGAGAUCCAGGUGAAGACUGGCUUGAGCCAAGGGGCAGGCACCACGGCUCAUGUGGGAAUCAGACUGUAUGGACGUGAAAGCAUCAGCGGACAUCGACACCUGGACAGCAGAGGAGCGUUCUCACGCAAUGCUCUGGACAUCUUUCAUAUUGCCACAGACACCAAUCUGGGCAACGUCUGGAAAAUCAGAAUCUGGCACGACAACAAAGGUCUGUCCCCAGCAUGGAUGCUGCAGUAUGUCCUGAUCAAAGACUUACAGACAGGCAGCAGCUACUACUUCCUGGCUGAGGAGUGGCUCUCCGUGGAUAAUGAGAAAACAGGUGGCCGUGUGGAGAUAGAGGUGGAGGCGUCAGAGGAGGCUGUGCUUCUUCAGAUGCCCCGCCUCCUGCGCUGUGAGCUGCAGAGGGCGCUGUGUGAGACUCACCUGUGGCUGUCUCUGUGGGAGCGACCUCCCCGCAGCCCUUUCACACGCCUCCAGAGAGCCACCUGCUGCGCUGUGCUACUGCAGUUCUUUGUACUGGCCAACACUCUGUGGUACAGCAUCGUGGUGGACAAGAGAUACAGCCCAAGGGCCGUGUCUACGCUCUCCUCUUUAAGUGGCGAGACGGUGGCAGCAGGUGUGAUGACAUGCCUGAUCGUGUACCCUCUCUACCUGCUCAUCUUCACGCUCUUCAGAAUGAGCCGCAGCAAGUGCGUGACUGUGGAGCAGGUGCAAACACAAUCAGACCAGGAGUCUGUGGAGAUCGAUGACUUCCUGGACAACUCCAUGGCCGGAAGCUCCUUCCUCUUCUUCAAUGAUGAGACCAACUCAGAGGAAACCAACAUAGAUUUCCCCACUCCGUCAACUAAAAGUGUGGAGAGUUGGGCCAUGGCAGAGGAGGAGAUGGAGGACAGGGAUUGGCCCGAGUGGUUGAGUGAUGGAUCCGUCGUGCCGGGGGCGGGGCACAGGGCGUGUCUUCCUCGGCUGAAGAGGGGUCAGGGGAGCAGGCACCUGGGAGUUGACAUGAACUUUAACCCUGAUGAUGAGGACGGGACUGAACAACGCAACAAAUUUUUCACCUCCUCAGACGAAGACCUGAUAAAACACAUCCUCACAGACGGACAGAACUAUUUCCCUCAGGCGGACGAGAGUGAAAUGGCUGAUCUGUCGAGCAUUUUGGACGACAAGACUGAAGUGAUUCUCCUCCAGAAGCCGAGUGAACCUUUUCUUCCAGGAUCUAUGAGAAGGGACCCGCCAAAAACUGCUUUCAUCUCGAAUACAGUUGUGACAGACGUGUGUCGUCCUCGGCGGUUCCCUCCCUGGUGUGGUCGUGCCGCCUUGUGGGGUAGUUGGGCGGGGAUCGCUCUGGCCAGCGGUGUUUCUAUCUGGGCGGGUCACGGCUUUAGUCAGAACAUGGCUAUGAUGUGGCUCAUCUCCUGCUUCUCCAGCUUCCUGAGCUCCUGCCUGCUGCUGGAGCCAAUCAAGGUGUUGUGUGAGGCUCUUUACUACGCUGUGUGUGUGCGCCGCCUGCGCCCAGAGGACCAGGAUGUGCUGGUGGAGUUCCCUCGGGUGGAGAGAGUGGUCCAGCGGGUCCCCAGGGUGAGAGCCCCACAGGGCUUUGCUCUGUCUCAGGCUCGCCAUCAGGCCCGCAAGGUCCACAUGCUGCACACGAUGCUGAAGAAUUUCCUGGUGUACAUGUUCUUCCUGUUGGUGGUUCUGCUUCUCAACUACUCGGACUCGGCUAAAGACACACACAGCCUGAGACUGCGAACUCAGCUGCAGAAAGUGCUUCACACACCUGAAUACCACAAAAUCAACAGUCGAGGAGAUGUUCUCUCGUGGCUGAAUGAGUCCCUGCUGCCACGGCUUCUGGACGACUCCACCCUCUUGAGAGACACAGGAAGUGUGUUACUCGGCACACUGAGGCUCCGUCAAAACCAAGACACACAAGCUGGCGCUCUGGCAGGAGAGAGUGUUUGGGGAGAGGGAUGGAAAAACUCUCAAACUAAAAAUACUGAAACUGUUUCUACAAACGGGGUGCGGCGUUUGGAUGGGAUCAGGGCGGAUAACAGCGGAGACACGGUCCACCAGCUGAACAGAAGCCUGGAGGAGGCCUCUUCCUCCUUGCAGCAGCUGCAGCAGCUGCACUGGCUCGACCACAGGACCCGUGCUCUGUUUGUGGAGUUCUCGCUCUUCAACAUCAACACAAACCUCCUGGCUGUCUUCUCCUUCGUGUUUGAGUUUCCAGUUUCUGAGCGUGCCCAGUCCAACCUUGAUCUCCUUGUCAUCAGUCUGUGGCCAAUCACAGGCCUGGACCUGCAGCUCCUGCUCAUGAUCAUCCUCCUGGCCCUGGUCUUGUAUUUCUUCAUUCGGGGGAUCUUGGGCUUCCUCAGAGAAGGUCAUGCGUACCUGUUCUCAGCUUGGAGACUGUUGGGCAUCUGUAAACUGACUCUAGCAGCAUCUGUGUGCGGGCUGCACCUGAGCCGCUGCACCAUGGCCACACAUCAGUGGGCGUCAUACCUGAAGCACCCACGGGACGCCUUCACUGACUUCUACCCUGUGGCCAGACAGAGCCAGCUGUACACCGUCAUGUCUGCAUGGCUGUUGUUCAUCCUAGUGCUCAAGGCGUCCCACCAGUUGCGGUUCCUCAGAGAGUGGGCCGUGUUUGGCAGAGCUCUGCGCUGCUCGGUCUGGGAGCUGCUGGGACUGGCCCUGGCUCUGCUGCUGCUGGUGCUGGCUUACUCACACACAGGACACCUGCUCUUCCACUCCGUAUUGGACGACUACAGCAGUGUGUGCUCCGUCUUCCGGUCUCUGUUGGGUGCUGGUGGACGCAGUUUUCUGUCAUGGCAUCCCACCUGGAUGACUACCGGUCCGUCCCACACCGUCGGCUCGUUGGCUUUCCACGCUAGCUUCGCCGUGCUUCGGCUGGUGUUGCUGUGGCUGCUCACAUCUGUGUUGCUGAGGAACUACCGGCGUGCUCGAGCGGAGCUGUACCGUCCAGCUGUUGAUCUGCAGGACUACGAGAUGGUUGAGCUGUUCCUGCGACGACUCAAAAUGUGGAUGGGGCUUAGCAGGACCAAGGAGUUUCGUCACAAGGUGCGUUUUGAGGGUAUGGAGCUCCCACCAUCCCGUUCCUCCUCCACUAGUGACUGUAAAUCCCUGUGCCUGCCACCACUGGACCGUCCUGACUCCCCUCCUACCCCAGACAGUGUAGAUGGAGGCUCUGAGGCCUCGUGGCGCCCGACUUCCUCCAGCCCUUGCAGCCUGACGGAGGCCCCGGGGGUCACCCUGGGACUCGGGCUGGGACUCGGUUUGGGGAUUGGUCCAGGAGUGCCCAUAGGAAGUUUCAGCUGGAGGGAGAAAGAUGAAACUGAAGCCUCUCUGAAGAGGCUCCUCCCCACUUUGGACGCCCUUGUGCAACAGCUUGACCGUGUCACGAUGGCAACAGAGGACCUGUACCACAUUGAGUGCAGACUGGAGCGAUCCCAGAGGAAAAGGAGAAGCAGAGGCAGAGAGAGGGGUGGUGGUGGUGGUCAGGGAGGGAGGGGUGAGGCAGGACAAAGAGCAAAAGGGGAGGAGAAGGAUGCUGCUGGAUGGAGGGAUCACAAGGGUGGCAAAGAGAAACAAAAAGGAGGUAAAAAAGGGAAAAAGGUGGAUAAAAUUGAACUUCAAAAGGACUGUGGAAAGACUUCUGCCAAACCUAAACGGACUCCAGAAGCCCCACAUGUCCCCUUCUUAAAGCCUCGACCGUCCUCUGCCUCUGUGCAUACCUCUGCUCCUCACUCCUCAGCUAAACCCUCAGUGAGCGCACCUCCGCCUACACCAGUCAAAGAUAAACCCUCCUCCUCCUCUCCCCUUGUUUCAUCAGCUCCUUCUUCACAUGUCUCACCGCCCAAAACGCCCACAGCGCCUUCAUGUACUCCCGCACCCACCCCGUCUCUGCCCUCUACCCCUGCCCCUACGCCCAUGAAUCGGGAUUGGGACCAGCCAACGGAGAGAGAGACCCUCCCUUCCUCCAGUCUGUUUAACCACCCAGCUCACACCACCACCAUACCAACACGCAAGCGGAAACGCAAACCCCCACCCCUCAAAAACAAGGUGCACCCCAACUCAGACAGGCAGGGCCCUGGACACCCCAAAUCUUGAGAGGGGAAGAAGUGAAAGAUGAAAUAUAUUUGAGUGUAAGAAUGCUUGGUUUAAGGACAAAAGGAGGACGGGGGCAGCAGGUUUUGUUCCCCAAUUCCCCGGUAUGAAAAGUUAAAAACAGCUAUAAACGAUUUUCAGGUUUGUGACGAAAUCCCAGAUCAGUUCUCUCUGACACAAGGUGCCGGUCACCAGAUGAUAACUGAGCUGGUCAAGUUAGGGCCAACAAUGAAGCCUAGAAAUACUCCAAGUCCUCCUUUUCUGAGACUAAAACUUUACCCCUGAUCCCAUGUGACCCUGGAGGUCCCAAGGGGUCCCUGACAGGAGCACACACACGUGCUCACCAGAGGACUUAACCAACUGAAAUGCAGACAAUGCAAUCAGUGUAUUUUUUUUGUAUUUUGUGUUGAUUAUGUUGUUUGUCUACAUAGUUUUAUAUUUUAUAUAUUGGUCACCAUGGGUACUUGUGGCCUGUCUGAGAAUAGUCAUUAUUGUUUGAACCCACGGAUAAACGCACAUGCAGGUGUACACAUACAUAGAAAUAACACUGUAGGCACGAGGGGCUCAUUGUGUUGUACCUGCUAAGGUGCAAGAGCAAAUAAAGUAUUCAAACACACACACACACGCGGUUGUUGGAGUCCCAGCAGCCAGUUAUUCAGGGUGCAUGUGAAACCAUCCUCAAAAGGGAAGCCGUGAAAAGAAACAAGAACGAAAGGCAGCAAGUGGUAGGAGUAGAGAAGAGGGAAAGAAGAAAAGGAUGAAUAUGUCUGCAAGUGUUCCCAUCAUAAAGCUAUAAUGACUCAAAGUCGGAUAAUCUCCUCCAAAUAUAUUUAGUGGUGUCGUAUGAUUGUGAUGUAAAAGCACUUUUUGUGAGGUGUGGUGUAAAGUAAUAAGCUUGGUGUCAAUAGAGAGAGCUUCACUCAUACUGUAUCUUCACUAUAAACAUCGCCAAAGCUUCUGCAUCGUUUAUGCAUUCUGAGUUUUUACUGUGCAGAGAAGUUUAUUCAUUCAUUUUGUACUUAGCACUUUAUUUCCUAAUGGAACUGAUAUCCAUAUUUAACGCUCACGUGUCAAGUUUUCGUCUCAUAUGUUAACAGCUCAUUUUAGAACAGUCUUUAAAGCAAGGUGUCGAAGCCAUAGCUUGUGUUUGUUCUCUGUCUGCUCUCAGUAGAUUUGAUCUUAAGUGUACUGUUUUUGUCUACAUGAUGUACUUUCUGUGUCCAGUGGGCAGAUCUCAGGGAACUAACCCCCUUUCUUCCCCCCCCCCAAACACCCCUUUGAUGCAACCAGGAUCACCAAAACUGUGGGCAGAGUAGGUGUAUUCAAUGAUGUAAGAUAUUUACCUUGUGUUCAAACCGUCCCAGACUUCAACUUCUUUCAGUUUUUCAUGUCAGAGUUUGUUUUCAUGAGAAAAGAGCAGAUUUUACAGCUACUAACAAACCUGCCAAAGCGUGUUUCAGGCUUUUGUGCUUUCAAAACUUUACCUUGAAACACCUUCACCUUAAAAGUUGUAUCAUAAUGUCUUCUUUUUUCCUGCCCAGUAAGUUGCAUCGGUUUCAGGAUAUAAUGAAAAAGAACGUAAAGGAACCAUAUUUCAUCUGUAUGUGUAUGUUUCUGUAUAUGUUGGUGCUUUUUGGUGUACAUAUUUUUGCUUUUCAUGAUCAGUAUUGUUUUUUGUGCUGCAGAGGCAUUUGCAUAGGUCAAGCACUAGUGGUGCCAACCCCAAAGAUUUACAUUUCCACUCUAACUGAAGCACUCCAGCCAAAGCUAUCUGUUUAUUUAAUAUGAAUCUUUAAUAUGAAUCAACUACAAGCUACAGGAAGCUUCGCAGCUAACGCCUUUCCGAGCCCUCAUACUCCUGCUCUCUGUGUAGUGUGUAACGACUUAGUGCCAAAGCUCAGCGUCUUGUCUUCAGUCUAUUGGAUGCAUUCUGUUGUAAUGUUGUUAUGAAUUUGUCUCUGCUCUUCUUUGUAUCCCAUAUCUGUAUUUUGCAGUUGUAGCACUUCUCCUGCUUUUGCACUUGACAAAGUCGAAUAAAGGGUUUGACAGCUGAACUGUGCAUGACAAAAUGGUUUUGGUGUCCAAUUGAAAUUAAAUACUAAAUAACAUAAUAAUGCAAAAUGAGGGUUGAUGGAUUAUUCGCUUGGCUAAUUAUGAGGGGCCAGUAUUCUGCAUUUAGCCGGUUAUCAGUAUCUAUUUAAUACCGAUCUGCAAUAAAAUGAAUUAAAAUGUG